GUCAGGUGACAGGAAACAGAAAUAAUAAAUAAUGGAAAUAAUUUCGCAGUAAUGUUUGUACUUGUUUAUUAGCUUUUUAAAAAUCUAAUACUUUAGGACAUAUUUUAUUACUGUUUAGUGGUGUUUAUGUUAUUAUUUUUGGAAUAUUUUACUCUGGUAAACUUUAUAUAGUAUCAGCAGUCUGACUGAAAGUUUUAGCAUGGCAAGCUGUAGUGUUGCCGUUUGCAAACGCAAUUUUUACAAUCAAAAAUUAGCAAAAGAACGGAUAUCAUUUUUCGCUUUUCCAAAAAACGACCGUUUACAAAAAAUAUGGGUGGAACGUUGUUUUAGAAAAAAUCAGUUCAAUGUUAAAACUGCGAAAAUAUGCAGUGUUCAUUUUAAAGGAGAGGAUUUUAUCGAUGAUAUUCGGGCACGAGUCAUGGGAACUGAACCCAAAUUGAAAUUAAAGGCUAAUGCUUUACCUACUUUACAUUUAAAACCAGAUGGACAUAAUGUGGUUUCUUACAAAUAUAAAACACAAACAAGUGCAAGAAGUCAAAGGGCUUUAAAAAAAGAACGUAAAGUGUUAGUUGAAGAAAUUAUCAAAAGGCCUCCCCAUGUUGAUUCUCCUGCACUAUUUACUAACUUGUCUAAUUUGUCAUCCACUAGCAUCAAGUCUGAUGAAAAUAAAAUAAAACGUGAAUAUGAAAGGUUACUAGAACAGAAUAAAAUGUUAAUAAACGAAUUGGAAAAAACUAAAGAAGAAUUAUCACAAGCAAAAAAAAUGCUAAAAAUGCUAGAACAAAAUGAGAGCAAUAUGGAUUUCAUUAUUAAAAAAAGGGUUACUGACUUGCUUAAGGAAGUUUUUAAUAAAAAUGAGUUGGAAGUAAUUUUUAAGAAUUAAACAAGGCCUGUUGGACUUCAGAAAAAUUACUAAAACGUUCACAACAAGAUAUUUUAGUAAAAGGUGCUAUCUUUACCUCAGAAAUACUUUUAAGUACCUAUCCCUUAUCAGGGAUUUCAGCUUUACAAAGGUGAGCUGCUAAAUCUUAGAUGGGGUCUUCUGAAUGGUGUUUUGCUAGAGAUGAAUAUUUCUGGAAUGUCAAAGACUGAAUUGCAAAGAAUAACACUUUGUCAUUUAAUGUUAUAAAAGUUUGCUCAAUGUAUGAAUUUUACCAGAUGGAAGACAGAUGAAGUGGUUGGGCCCCAUAAAUAUAUGCAAGUAAUAAUGGUCCAGGGACUUUUUGACAAAUGGAAACAAUCUGUUUAUAUUGGUUUUGACAAAUAAAUCCUUUUGACAACAAUAGCUGCUUUCUAUGACAAAAAAUAUAAUGUAGUUGCUUGUAUGUCAGAUUGUGGUGGAAGGAAUUGAGGACUAUGGACGCAACUCAAUAUUCCCAUUAAAAAAAAAAACUAUUUUCAAUAUCCCUUAAAAGAAGAAAAAGUUUGUGUUUGCAGAUGCACCACAAAUUCUAAAAUUAGUAAGAAUUUGUUUUAUCGAUACUGGCUUUUAACUUGAAGAUUGAACAGUAUUGAAAAAAUAUUUGUUAAAAGAGAUUAUAGACAUCACAUCAAUGGAAGUAAAUGCUCUACAUAAAUUAAGGCCUAUCCAUUUGGAGGAAAAAAACUCAAAGGCAAAAUGUUGCACUUCAGCUGAGUUGUUGUCUCAUACUCCAGAAACAGCAUUAUUUUCAUAAUGAAAGAAGCGUUAAAAAAGUGCUGCAUAUAAAUUAAAAGACUCCAUUGAGCUGGUGAAUAGAUGGUUUGACUUAAUGUAUUCUUUUACCCCAUCAUCUAAUUUGGCAUUGAAAUGUCCCCAUGGAAUGAAUUUAGAGUUAUAAAAGGACAAUGAAAUGCAUUGGAAAACGGUCACUGCCAGUCUUUCAGAAAGGAAUUCCCAUAUCAACUUAUUCCAUUGAAGAAUUAUUUAUUGAUCUGAGAAACAAAUAAAGCAUUUCAUAUUUAAUAAUACAAACUGAACCAAGAUUGUCUUGAAAAUAUUUUCUCCCAGCUGAGAACAAGGGGUGGAUUACAUGAUCCUUUAUCUCUAAAAAUGCUUUGUACAGGACAAGAAUGAUAAUACUAGGAAAAAAUUAUGUUGUAGUGCAAAGCCAUAGGAAUGUUUUAAAGCAUGAUAAGGAAGAAGGAGAAUAUUUAUUGGCAAAAGCUUUCCAGCAAGAUAAGUAUUCAUAAUUGCAUUGCCUUUGGACGGCUCACAAAUCUGUCUAAUGAUUGGGUAGAAAAAUGGAAAAAUAUCCACAAACAGUUUAUGCUGGUAAAAACGUAAUUAAAAGAACUACUAACAAGAAGUAUUUAGAUAUUCCUAAAUACAUAAUAAAUUAAUACUCUAAAUAAAGACUGUUCAUGAGAAUAAAAUAGUUCAAUUUUGUGAGAACUUAAACUGAAUUAAGUAUAAAAAAAGUGAAGAAGAGAUGAAUGAAGAUUUAGAUGAUAAUUCCAGAAAACUACUGAUAAAAGAAAUGAAAAGAAUUAUAAAUAUAAAUGUUAAACUAGUAUACAAAAAUUAUAUCCUUUUUAUAUAAAUUGAAAUUUUUGUAUUCUUUGUAAAAUCCGAACACAAUGAAAUAAAAAAUGGGUGCAUUACACUGUUAUAUUUUCGUUUAUUUUUAAACAUAUAAUUUAGUUAAAUUCCCAAUUGCGUUAUUGCCUUGAACACGGUUUGACCCUUAUAAAAGGACAGCCCGCGCUGAAUAACACCGGUAUCAUGCGAUACACCGAGGUGUAUCGACUUCAUUCGGCGCAGGCAGUGGUGUGACGCAAUAACGCAAUGAGUUGGCGCAAUAGAGUGCGCCGGAGUUAGUGUAUCAACGCAAAGAAUUUUAGUGCGUUACCCAUAUCUACACCAUUGUGUUAUAAACUAAGUUUAAAAUGACAUUUUUACAUUAACAAUGUCAUUUUAAUCUCCGUUUAACUCAACGGUGGAAUCGGCCCUUAGUAGUAUUUCCAAUAAUAGCGAUAUUUCAGAUAUUUUUAAAUGUUACUUCCUGUUUAAAUGUGUAAAAUUAAUUUCUUGUAAAUUAUCAUAAUAAAUAUGUAUUAG